CUCACAGCAUCUGGCCUGGAGACAAAUGCAGCCUCUUGAGCUCCCAACUGAGAACCAUGACCCAAUGGAUUAGGCUUGAUCAAGCAUGAGCAAAUAUGCAGAAAGUACUGCUAGAGAGGCAGAAGCACUUGUGUGGGAUAAUGAUAUAUCAGCUCAUGCCCAGUCUGUUGCCAAGGCCAAAUAUGAAUUUUUGUUUGGCUUGGAGGAAGAGAAACCUUCAGAAGUGGGUAGUGGCCAUGGAAGUAAUACUUUGCUGCCCCACACCAUCAUCAAUGAAUUUCCAGAGUAUGGAACUAUGGAGGCAAGUAGAGAUGCACUGAGGACUUCAUCAAAGAGCCAGCCGGAGCCUGUGACUUGCAGUCCAGAAGGACAGGACCGUUACCACAUACCUGGCAGGCCUCCUCCCCAGUCUGUGGCUUCUGCAGAUGAGCCUAGAGCUCAGGUUAAGGCAGCACAGCUGCACACUGCAGAAGAAGGUUUGCAACCUGUGGGUAACUUGCCAGAGAUUAUGAAAAUUUCUCGACAGCUAGAAGCAACAAAGGUACAACAGACAGCAAACACUUCUCUUGAUUCAGAGAUGCACGUGGAAGAAAAGACUGUUCCUGGCUGCCAAAAUGUGCAGACAGCCAGAGAACCAGUUGCAGCAGGCCAAGGAAAACCCUCAGACAUGCCUCUUCCAUCUGAGCAAACAGCUGAGGAAAAAAUGCAUUUGAUCAUAGGAAAAGAUCUGGCUGCAAUAUGGACUGGUGAAAAGCAGUCCGAGUCCUUGCAAGCCACCAGUAAUAAAGCUGAGGAGGUCCACACAGCAGAGAAGACAAGUUGUCAUAGACCAUCUGUGACAAACCUGGAAGCAGCCAGCAGAAUGGAGGGGUGGGAGCAAUCUGAGGAGUUUUCAGCUUAUAGUCAAGGCAGAAUGCAAAUGGGUCCUGAGAGGAGACUCUCUAAAGAGGCAGCUGUGAGCAAACAUGUUGAAUUUCAAGGGGUGGAGAUUUUAUGGUUGCAAAAAGCAGAGGACCAGAGCAGAAAGAAGCAUUCGCUGCUGGAGACCACAUCUGUGGAGAGAAAAGCGUUCCCCAAAACAUCGAGCCACUCUGUGCCACUGAUGAUUGCCCCCAGCAUGGUCACCUUGCCAGACAGUGCUAAGAGUGAGGUCUGGGAAGAGCCCGGGGUGGGAGCUGCCCGUGGAGCUGCUCCUCUAGCACUGCUUGAUGAAAGUGGGGAGGAUGAAGAUUUUGUGAAGGACAAGAAGAACCGCAGCAAGGAGGAGACUACUGUGCUAGCGAGAGACCAUGGCAGGAUCAUUGAGGAGGGAGAAGCAGCCAUGGGAGGAUAUGAAGAUGUCCUUGGACACAGGCAAUCUGACGUCUCCACUGAUCUGUACAGCUCACAGUUUGAAAACAUCCUAGACAAUGCCUCUUUGUACUAUAGCGCAGAGUCUUUGGAGACAUUAUACUCGGAGCCUGAUAGCUACUUCAGUUUUGAGAUGCCACUUACUCCAAUGAUCCAGCAGCGUAUGAAGGAGGGCAGUCAGUUUUUGGAGCGGACUUCAGCCUCAGGACAGAUGGAUGUCUUUCAUCUUCCCCCUGAUGGGGAAGCGAAGAGCUGCUGUGAAGGAAUCGCCAAUGGCUUAAGGAAUGUAAGCGAAACACUCUUCAGAGGAGAUGUUACAGAAGUUCCUCAUUUGGGAAGUAAUGCUGGACUACAGAAUAUGGUGUUAGACUCCAGUGCUGCCAUGGGGAGCAAUAAACUUCAAGAGAAAGAUGCUGUUGGAGCCCUUGGCCACGAUCUCAGCAAUGGCAACAGCAGCAAUUUGGAAGCAGCCAGGCACCUAGCUAAACGCCUCUACCAUCUGGACAGAUUCAAGCGCUCUGAUGUGGCAAAGCAUUUGGGUAAAAACAAUGAAUUCAGCCAGCUUGUGGCCGAAGAGUACCUUAAGUUUUUUGAUUUCACAGGCAUGACGCUGGACUUCUCACUCAGGAGUUUCUUUAAAGCCUUUUCACUUAUUGGAGAAACUCAGGAACGAGAGAGAGUUUUAAUCCACUUUUCCAGCAGAUACUAUCAGUGUAACCCAAACACCAUUUCUUCUAAAGAUGGAAUUCACUGUCUCACGUGUGCCCUGAUGCUGCUAAACACUGAUCUGCAUGGCCACAACAUUGGGAAAAAGAUGACCUGCCAAGAAUUCAUUGCUAACCUCCAGGGGAUGAACGAUGGUAAAGACUUCCAAAAAGAACUGUUGAAGGCCCUCUACAAUUCAAUCAAGAAUGAGAAGCUUGAAUGGGCAGUGGAUGAAGAAGAGAAAAAAAAACCUCAUUCAGAUGGUACAGAUGAAAAAGAUAAUGGGAACCAGACGAAGGCUGUAAGUCGUAUUGGAAACUCUAAUAACCCAUUCCUGGACAUCCCUCAUGACCCUAAUGCUGCUGUGUAUAAAACUGGAUUUCUGGCUCGGAAAAUCCAUGCAGAUAUGGAUGGAAAGAAAACUCCCUGGGGAAAGCGAGGCUGGAAAACCUUUUAUGCUGUGCUGAAGGGAACAGUCUUGUACUUGCAGAAGGAUGAGUACAAGCCAGAAAAGGCUUUGUCGGAGGAAGAUCUGAAGAAUGCAGUUAGUGUGCAUCAUGCACUGGCAUCCAAGGCAACAGACUAUGAGAAGAAACCCAAUGUCCUCAAGCUUAAAACAGCAGAUUGGAGUGUCCUGCUUUUUCAAGCCCAGAGCCAAGAAGAAAUGCAGACCUGGAUCAACAAGAUUAACUGUGUGGCAGCUGUCUUCUCUGCACCACCAUUUCCAGCAGCAAUUGGUUCCCAGAAGAAGUUCAGUCGCCCACCCCUGCCAGCCACCACAACAAAGCUAUCUCAGGAUGAACAGCUGAAAUCCCAUGAAGCUAAGCUGAAGCAGAUCUCCACUGAACUUGCUGAACAUCGCUCCUAUCCUCCUGACAAGAAGCUCAAAGGCAAGGAAGUAGAUGAUUACAAACUGAAGGACCACUAUCUGGAAUUUGAGAAAAAUCGCUAUGAGAUUUACAUUGGCCUCCUGAAAGAAGGGGUGAAGGAGCUGCUGAGUGGAGGAGAGAACGAUGCGUCAGGACUGAAGAAAUCCCACUCGAGUACGUCGCUCAAUCAGGAGUCUCCAGUUAGUGCCAAGGUGAAACGCAAUGUCUCAGAGAGGAAGGACUACAGGCCAGAAACACCCAGCAUUAAGCAGAAGGUCACUUAGGGUGGAAAUGACAACGAGGCGAACAGCCAUGCAGCAAAGUACCGGUGGUCAAAUUUUUUCCAGCUCAAAACCUGUCAUACAUAAAAAUAAGUGCAUCUGCCUGAA